AUGUCUUUUAAACUUUAUUCAGAGGAGCCUGUAACAGAGGGAGAAAAUGUACCUACUUCUUCAGAGUUCGAAUUUGGUUCCAUCGACACGCCAUUAGGGGUACAAUAUAGAAAAAAUUGCGACUUUUAUAUCGACGAAUUCGAAGGCACAAGAUUGAUAAUAGAUGAAGACUAUUUUACACCCACUAUGAUGCAACAUUAUAGACAAGAGAAGGAUGAAAGACGCAAAAGUUUUCCUGCCAGGAUAGAUACGCCCGGUUUUCUUUAUUCAGAUAUACCGCAACCGUCUACAAACAACAAUUUAGUUAGUGACGCACCACUCGUACGAACACUCAAUUCUCCUAGAUCAAACCCUGAUCUCACUUUCCAAAAAAUUUACGCUCCAUCGCGUCCUACAAAUACGGGUUCAAACCUAUCUUUGAGAUCAUCGGAUCCACGACGUCUUUCCAACACAUUCCUGGAACCGAUAAUAGCAAGUCCAACAAAUAUAGACGGGCGCGAAACUCAAUUUUCAACAUCAUCCAUGACAACAGCUAGACCUAAUGUAACAUUGGUGCAACCAUUUAAGUCACCAUCUUUAUCUUCCUCGCCAGUGAACCAUGAGAACUUGUCAUCACCGGUAUACUUUGAUCGCACAUCCACUUCACCAUUACCUAGAUCACCAUCGCAACAAUCUCUUCAACAACGAAACGUUUAUCAGUCAUCAACGAGACCCCUGCCCAUCAAUGGCGGUAUGUCAUCUUCAGAGAGGUCCGCUUCAUCUGCUGGAAGUCCAGGGAUUCCAAAAUUUUCUUCGAGUUUUAAUCAUUACAAAUACGAAAGAUCUGGUAGUGUUUCUAGUCGAAGGCGUUCCCGGUCGAGUUUGACGAAUAGAAGUGAUGGUUCAUCGGGAUCCUUUAAUUCGUCCUUCUUCGCAUCACUGGAACCGGAAGAUGAUAUCGGCGAAUUUGUACAAAUGGUGGAGACUCUGGAACCUCUGAAAAUGUUUAGUAGAAACCAAACAGGACUAGAUGAUACAAACGAUCUAGGGCGUAACCUAUCAGGAUCAUUAUAUCGAACUCAGCAACAGUUUAGUCGUUUACAAAAAUUUAAAGAAGCGCACAAUAAUUUACCAGACUCGAUGACUUCAUUUGGUUUGCAGCUCAUCCCCCAGCAACUCGAUUCACCUAGUGGACUAGGACUUGGUACUUCAAGUGGAUCUAUAUCUUCCUCUUCAACGAUGUCGUCCAUCAGCAGAUCUCUGACUCACCUGCCUAACGUACCAUCGCGUCUUUCCGAAAAGGUUAAUACCGAACGGCCUCAGCCGGUUCGAAUACCUCAAACAAAAACAUUAGAGUUUCGUUCACAUAGGCCCAGGAGUACAAGUAUUACCUCCAAUGGUAGCAUCGGUAAAGGAAACGAUGAGAACAUGAUGCAGUCUGAUCAUGCUAUUAUGGAUGCUUAUUCCAAUUUGUCAUCUCAAGUUGGUGUCCAGCAACAGCGUGAUUUGUUAUUUAAAGAAUCCAAUUCUGGUGUUGGAGAUUCUAUUGAAAACCCCGAAAGAAAUAAUGACAUUUUAGGUGGAUUUAGGACGAGCUCUGCAACAGGCUUAAAUAUAAAAAAAAACGUACUUGAAAAUGAAUUAAUCAAGGAAUUUGAAGAUCUCACAAUAAAAGAUAUCACUAGUAGAGCUGAUAUUAUUACAGGAUCAUCUGUACCAGGUAUUCAUCAAGCGAAGAAUUUCAGUGGUGUGAAUGAUUUUCAUGAUCAGAACCUGAAUUGUUAUCAUAGUAUCCCUUUGGAUCAUCACGGUAGAGUUACUGUGGAUGCACCUGUAGGUGUUGAUGAGGUUGAUAAUAACAA